AUGAAGGCUAGGGCAAGGCCAAGGUCCAGGACCAGGGCUAAGGGUCGGGGCAGGGGCAGGGCAAGAGAAAUGCAAGGGGAAAGGGCUAAGGAGAGGGAUAGGGCUAGGGCCAAGACCUGGACAAGGGCAAGGGUCAAGGCUAGAGUGAGAGGGCAAAGAGCCAGUGUGAAGAUCAGGGCCAGGGCCAUGGCAAAGGUGAGAGUAAGGGUGAGGUGA